CGCUUCCGAUUCCCGCGAGGAUAUGGCAAUCAACUAAGCGUUUCAGUGCCGGACACUCCACUGGAAAAGGGCUACGGUGCACCCUUCUUUCUGCUGCCCUCAGCUGGACAUCCGAUCGUCUCGUCGUCACUGUCCAGCCCAAUAUCAUCUACAGAAUCCUUUCGACUCGCCGCAUCACCUUCCUAUGUAGGACUGUCGCCAACGCCACGAACUGAUGGUGGUUCAACGUCAGAUCUGCAAAAGUCGCCUGGAUCACUGUCUUCGGAAACACAGGGUGACGAUGACGAUAAAAAGCAGUACUACUGUACCAUCUGCAAGAAAGACUUCAAGCGCCCAGACAUACUUUCAAGACAUCUACGGCGGCAUACUGGUGAGAAACCUUUCGGUUGUGAUUCUUGUGGGCGAUAUUUCUCGCGUUCCGACCACCUACGAACGCAUCGACGGACACACACAGAUGAAAAACCUUACCAGUGUACGAUCUGCUCGUACGCAGCUACGUCGCCGACGCUGCUCACAAAGGGCAUUACUGAGCCACUCGUUCAUCAGCCAAAGCCGCGUUCUCGUCAAUUUUCCAGAAACAUCGCUGACAUAAGAAGAUGCCUCAGCGACGGCGAUCAUUCACUGACUUCUUCAGUUGCUUCUGGAGAGCCCAGCACACCGAAAAGAAUACGUCACACAACAGACAUAUCGCCAGUUCGUGAACACCCAGAACAGCGAGAUCGAACUCUGACAGAGGUUUGCGCAAAAAUCGUCCAA